AUGAAUAAAAUAUAAUUCAACUCUUUACAGGUAAAAACAACUAAAUUAGAAUUCACAAUUCCUAAACCACCGUUGAAUUAUAUUGUAAAAUAAGUUCAUCGUUUAAAAUGUGUGAUAUAGAGUAAAAAAGAUGUAGAACUCAUAAUGGAUUAAAUAAAUUUUAUUAUAGAAUUACUAAUUGCAGGAUAAGUAUAUAUAUAAUUUUAGAAUUUUAGUUUGGGACUCCCUCAUUAGCUUAUUUAAAUGAAUUGUGUAACACAUUAAAAUCAACUAUGCAUUCAUUUGAAUAAGAUUAAUUGGGUUUUGUUUUAGCUAAUAUGGAGACAUUAAAAAAGUAGACAAGCUUAGAUUAUCUAAAAGGUUUUAAAAAGGGCAGCUCUAGAAAUUUAAAGAUUGCUAAUUAACUUUAAAAGUAUAUAUAACUAAAUUUAAUCAUGUUUUUAGAAUAUAGAAAAGAUUACUCUCAGUAAUAAGAAAUGUAUAUGCUCAGUUUGUGUUAUUUUGGUUAGAUGAACAUUAACCAGAAUAAAGUAUAGCUUUACGUAGUAAGCGUAUAUUUGUUGAAACUAAAACGUAAAAUAAAAUAAUCAUUAAUUAAUUAAAAUAGACUUAUACAAUGUAAAUUAAAAGAAUUAGAUUUAGAAAAGCAUAAGAAAAUAGUAUGUCGAAUAUGUGAAUAAUUAAUAGAAGUAGAAAUUAUGGCAGCUCAUUGUAUAACAUGUGAAAAGAAGGCAGAAUAAAGCAAGAAAUUAUUAUAACUAAAUUUAUAAUUAGCAGAUGCAUCUUAAUCAGCAUAUAAAUUAAAGCAUGAUGUUUAGAUAAAGUUGGGUAAAUUGAGUUUAUAAGAAUAAAAGAAAAAUAGAUAGAAGUUGAAAAAAUAAGAAGAAGAAAAAAAACCAUUAAGAUCUCUUAGAAGGACUCACACUAUUCAUUUAUAAGACAAUAAACUCUAGUAAGAAGAAGAAGAAAAGAAUAAAGCCAAAAAAUAAUUGGCUUUUAUAAAUUCUGUUAUGACUAUUAUAGUAAAUUAUACUGAAAAGGUUUUAAAUAGUAAUAUUAAUAAUGAAGAUAAUAAAUGUAUUAAUAAAAAUCUAUAUAUUUAGUAAAUCGAAUAACAUUUGAUGAAUUAACUGAAGCAAAAUGUAAUUUAGAAAAUGAUCAAAAUAAUGAAGAAGUACUUGAUAUAAUAGAUAAAGCUCGUUCAUGUAUGUAUGAUAGAAUGGAAUAUUUUAAAAUUAUAUAAAAUUUAGAAUCAUAAUAAAUUUAAGAAAGUUAAAAGAUCAAACAAAAAAGUGAAAUAGAUUUAAAAUAAAAAUAUAAGAAUUCAAAUUCAAGUUCAUUUAGAGUUUCAAAAUUUAAUAAUAUAACUACUACUAUCUAAUAAAAACUUAAAAGAAAUGAUACUAUCUACGAAGAAGAUGAUGAAUUUGUUGGUUAAUCUCCAAAAAAUGCCAACAAUUAAAAUAAAAAAUAGAAUCUUACUAUAAUGUCUUUAAUUAAGUAAAUUACAAUUAUGAUUAUUAGUAAAGAUAAAUUUAAUACAAGUAAUGUUGGAAGUGUUAAUGAUAUUAAUAGAAGAGAUAGUUUAACUACUAUGUCAAUGUCUAGAUCUCAAGUGCUUGGAAGUAAUUAAAUCAAGAGAACAUUUUAAUCUAAAACUAAUACCGAAGAUUAACCUUAAUCACUAUCAAAUCCUGGUUCUAAAAUAUUAGAUAAAAUUGUUAAUCUAUCUAAUUCUUCUGAUACUUUAAUAAGUCCAAAAUCUAAUAAACCAUCUCUAUUUUUUAAAGCUUAAUCUCCUAGAAUUGUUGAUUCUGUAAUUGAAUCUUCUAAUUAAUCUCCAACUGCAAUAAUAGGAUAAUUUGAUUUUUAGGAUGAAAGUCCUCGAAAUUAGAAUAUCUGUUCUUUUGCAGAUUUUGCUUAAUGUGAUUCUGAUUAAGAAAUUUCAAUGAAAAAAUAAUUAAUUCCAUCAAUAGGAGUAGGUAGACAAGUAGAUUCAAUUGAAGAAAUAUAAAAAGACAGAGAAUUAAAUGUUUUAAAUUCAUUAGAAAAUAUUAAUUAAUGUUAAUCUGAUUAAGAGAUAAAUUAAAUUCAGAUGUCAAAUCCCAAUUCAAAUCAAGAAAUGAAAAGGUCUUCUUAAAAUAGUAUGAAGAAUAGUGGCAAAAAUAAUAUAAUUUUAAAUUAACCAAUUCAUAUGAAUGUACAAGAUUUACAAUAACAAUUACAUAAAGAAUUAGGAGCAAGAAUUGAAAUAGAAUAAAUUAUUGAAGAAUCUUCAAGUUAAAAUUCACCUGAAAAAUUAGUUUCAUAAGAUUUGAAUUAAAAUCGUUUUUCUUCCAAUGAAAAAUUAAUUAUUCUCUAGAAGGAUGAAAUCAAUUAUGAGGCUGAUAUAAAUCAAUCUUUGAAUUAACCAAAAAAAGGUUUAUUUAAUCCAUAAAAUUUCAGAAAUAAUAAUAAGAAAUAAAGUAUGGUAUAUGCUCCAGAAAAAUCUAAAUAAUCAUUUGAUUUUGAAGUCAUAACUGUAGAUAGAGGUUAUAAUUCAGAUUCUGAACUUGUUAGUAUAAAUGCAGAGAAAGCUAAUUAAUCUUAAGAGAUUGGAUUGAAAGAUUUUGAAUUCAUAAAACCAUUAGGACAAGGGGCAUUUGGAUGGGUAUUUCUAGUUAAAAAGAAAACUUCUGGAGAUUUAUAUGCAAUGAAAAUCAUUGAUUGUUCAUAAAAAGUAUAUUAUAUUUAAAUUAAUAUAAGUAAUUAGAAACUUAGCUUGAUACUUUAAAAGCAGAAAGAAAUAUNUAUCUACGAAGAAGAUGAUGAAUUUGUUGGUUAAUCUCCAAAAAAUGCCAACAAUUAAAAUAAAAAAUAGAAUCUUACUAUAAUGUCUUUAAUUAAGUAAAUUACAAUUAUGAUUAUUAGUAAAGAUAAAUUUAAUACAAGUAAUGUUGGAAGUGUUAAUGAUAUUAAUAGAAGAGAUAGUUUAACUACUAUGUCAAUGUCUAGAUCUCAAGUGCUUGGAAGUAAUUAAAUCAAGAGAACAUUUUAAUCUAAAACUAAUACCGAAGAUUAACCUUAAUCACUAUCAAAUCCUGGUUCUAAAAUAUUAGAUAAAAUUGUUAAUCUAUCUAAUUCUUCUGAUACUUUAAUAAGUCCAAAAUCUAAUAAACCAUCUCUAUUUUUUAAAGCUUAAUCUCCUAGAAUUGUUGAUUCUGUAAUUGAAUCUUCUAAUUAAUCUCCAACUGCAAUAAUAGGAUAAUUUGAUUUUUAGGAUGAAAGUCCUCGAAAUUAGAAUAUCUGUUCUUUUGCAGAUUUUGCUUAAUGUGAUUCUGAUUAAGAAAUUUCAAUGAAAAAAUAAUUAAUUCCAUCAAUAGGAGUAGGUAGACAAGUAGAUUCAAUUGAAGAAAUAUAAAAAGACAGAGAAUUAAAUGUUUUAAAUUCAUUAGAAAAUAUUAAUUAAUGUUAAUCUGAUUAAGAGAUAAAUUAAAUUCAGAUGUCAAAUCCCAAUUCAAAUCAAGAAAUGAAAAGGUCUUCUUAAAAUAGUAUGAAGAAUAGUGGCAAAAAUAAUAUAAUUUUAAAUUAACCAAUUCAUAUGAAUGUACAAGAUUUACAAUAACAAUUACAUAAAGAAUUAGGAGCAAGAAUUGAAAUAGAAUAAAUUAUUGAAGAAUCUUCAAGUUAAAAUUCACCUGAAAAAUUAGUUUCAUAAGAUUUGAAUUAAAAUCGUUUUUCUUCCAAUGAAAAAUUAAUUAUUCUCUAGAAGGAUGAAAUCAAUUAUGAGGCUGAUAUAAAUCAAUCUUUGAAUUAACCAAAAAAAGGUUUAUUUAAUCCAUAAAAUUUCAGAAAUAAUAAUAAGAAAUAAAGUAUGGUAUAUGCUCCAGAAAAAUCUAAAUAAUCAUUUGAUUUUGAAGUCAUAACUGUAGAUAGAGGUUAUAAUUCAGAUUCUGAACUUGUUAGUAUAAAUGCAGAGAAAGCUAAUUAAUCUUAAGAGAUUGGAUUGAAAGAUUUUGAAUUCAUAAAACCAUUAGGACAAGGGGCAUUUGGAUGGGUAUUUCUAGUUAAAAAGAAAACUUCUGGAGAUUUAUAUGCAAUGAAAAUCAUUGAUUGUUCAUAAAAAGUAUAUUAUAUUUAAAUUAAUAUAAGUAAUUAGAAACUUAGCUUGAUACUUUAAAAGCAGAAAGAAAUAUUUUUGAAAUUUUAUCAGGAGAUUUUGUAGUUAAAGCAUACUAUUCAUUCAGUCAUGAAUAAAAUUUAUGUUUUGUCUAAGAAUAUAUGGUUGGAGGAGAUUUUUCAAAUAUUCUAAAGAUGUAUACGGUAUAAAUUUCUAUUACAUUAAGGCUUUAGAUGAGGAAUACGUUAGACAUUAUAUAGCUGAAGUAGUUUUGGCUUUAGAAUAUUUAAGAUCCAAAAAGAUUGUUCAUAGAGAUUUAAAACCAGAUAAUAUUCUAUUAGAUAAACAAGGUCAUGCUAAAUUGGCUGAUUUUGGAUUAUCAGAAGUUGGUUUCAAUAAUAGAUUAAAACUGAAAUUAAGACAAUAAGACAUUGAAUCGUAAUUAUUAUUUUUUUUAUAUUAAGAAAUACCAUUCCAGAAUUUGCUGAUCGUAAUGAUCCAUAAUAUGAUACUGUUUUUGAUCUAAAAUUACCUUAAGCUUAAUAGACUAUUAGAGCAAGUAUUUAAAAUUAUAGCAGUAAAAAUAAAAGAAUUGUUGGUACUCCAGAUUACAUUGCUCCAGAAGUCUUAAAAGGAGAAUCAUUAACUAAUAGUAGUUUAGAUUAUUGGAGUUUAGGGGUCAUCAUGUAUGAAAUGCUUUGUGGUAUUCCACCAUUUAAUGAUGAUUCUGUUGAGAAGAUAUUUGAUAAUAUUUUAAACUACAGAAUUUAAUGGCCAAAUGUUAGUGAUUUUGAAGAGGAAAGCAUAUCUCAUAAUGCUUAUGAUUUAAUGUGUCGAUUAAUGGAACCAGAUUAUACAAAAAGAAUUGGACAUUAAGAUAUUAAUGAAAUAAAAAAUCAUCCUUUUUUUUAAGGUAUUAAUUGGAAUACAAUACUUUCUAUGCCUGGUUUAAUUGUACCUAAGAUGGUUUUAAAAGAAACUGAAGUUGAUGGGAAAAAUUGUGAAAAAGUCUAAUAAUUCUUAAAUAAUUUAGAAAAGAAAGAAGUUAAAAAUUAAACUUUAGCAUAAAAGUUAAAAAGUUAACUAUCCAAUUUAGAAAGAUUAGAUUUAUUAGUUAAAUUAAGUUUAGAAGAAGCAAAUGAUAAACUGUAAUUAUUUAAAUUGAUUAUAGUUCUAAAAUAAGGACAGAAGAAAAUAAAUUAAAAAGAACCUUAAACAAAAUUGAUCAUUAUGAACAAGAACAUUAAGUUUAAAUGUUACUAUUGUAUGAAGAUGUUUUUUGA